CCAUAGGAAGCAGAUAAGUAGUAAUUGAAAUGUGUGUGAUGAUUUGGUUUGCAAGGAAAAGCUAAGGCAAUGGCCAUGGCAUCAGCAAAUAGCAUCAUCUCCAUUUCAUCUGCUUCAUUGUUGAAUCGAACUCAUCAACCAAAAACAACAACACUUAUUAGCCUCCUUAAACACAACAAGAAGGAGCAUGAACAACACAGUACUUCACCAUCCUCUUUCACUGUCAAAGCUCUUAAGAUAUCAACUUCAACAACCAGAAGACGUAGGUUGAGUUGCUCAGCCUCGGCUUCAGCAUCUUCCACGCUUCCCUCAGCUCUUCUUUUUGACUGUGAUGGAGUCCUUGUAGAUACUGAAAAAGAUGGUCACCGCAUUUCUUUCAAUGAUACUUUCCAAGAGAAAGAACUAGGCGUUACAUGGGACGUGGAAUUGUACGGUGAGUUGCUCAAAAUUGGAGGUGGAAAAGAAAGGAUGACGGCGUACUUUAACAAGACAGGUUGGCCUGCGAAUGCCCCAACAGGUGAACAAGAAAGGAAAGAUUUCAUAGCUUCGCUUCACAAGCGGAAGACAGAACUAUUCAUGGAACUUGUGGAGAAAAAAUUGUUGCCUCUUCGCCCAGGUGUUGCAAAGCUUGUUGAUCAGGCUUUAACUCAAGGAGUCAAUGUUGCAGUUUGCAGCACUUCCAAUGAGAAGGCGGUCUCUGCAAUAGUAUCAUGUUUACUGGGACCUGAGCGAGCAGCAAAAAUCCAGAUAUUUGCAGGAGACGUGGUUCCCCGAAAAAAGCCUGAUCCAGCCAUCUAUAUACUAGCUGCAAGCACUCUCGGUGUUGAACCUUCGAGAUGUGUCGUGGUCGAGGACAGUGCUAUAGGUCUAGCAGCUGCUAAAGCAGCUGGGAUGAAGUGUAUAGUAACAAAGAGCGGGUAUACAGCAGAUGAAGAUUUCUUAAAUGCAGAUGCUGUAUUUGACUUCAUUGGUGAUCCUCCUGAGGAGAGAUUUGAUUUGGCAUUUUGUGGUAGCCUUCUUGAGAAGCAAUAUGUCAGCUAGCAAACUGUGAAGUGAUCAGGGUCUCCUUCGCUGAUAUUUUCUACCAGUGCUCAAUUCCUCCUUUGAUGAAAAGAUCAAUGUUUAUAUUGGUUGUGUAAAGAAGCUUAUUUCUUGUUAAGCUUCAUUUAUGUUUAAUUGUAUUUUUCUUGUUAACCCUUUGAUGAUUAAAAAUGUCAAGAGCCUCAAUCUCUUUCUUAUAAAUAAAAAGCCUAUGACCAAGUUUUAA